AUGCCGAAAUACACACAAAUACACUUUCAGGUUGGAUCUCAUCCUCCUUUAUUAAAACCACGCUAUCCUCCCGAUUUAAGUCCCGAAGACUUAAUGCAAAACGCAUUACAAAAACUUGAAAAAUCUGGUAAAUUUUCUAAAAUCCCGAACGCAUUUAUGACUUAUAGAAUGCAACUUCAAAAAGAAUUUGCAUGUCAUUAUUCAUAUCCCGGUAUGCGUAAACUAUCUUCCAUUGCUGCGGAACUCUGGAAGCAAGAACCUGAUUACGUAAAAGGAACUUAUCAAGAGCUUACGCGCGAAGCUCAAACUCGAUUUGAAAAAAUAGCGAAUGCAUCUUUUCCAUUGCAGUUCGUACAAUUUAUUAAUCCGAGUGAAAUUUCGUUUACUCCUGAGAAUAAAUCAAAUAUAGAAGAGACUAAUCCAUUUGAGAUACCGGCACAUGGCGAUAUUAUUUAUGAUACUCCCGAUUCUACUAGUGCUUCAAUUAAUGUGACAAGAAAUAACAACGAAGCUGAUCUUCAAAUCGAUGAUACCUCCUCCCCAUCAUCAAUUUUGUAUAAUGGAGCUGGGCCGCAAAUUAUAGAAAAUGAUUAUUUCAUCAACUCGCCAGUUGUGAAUAAUAAUACGAAUUUGAAUAUAGUAUCUUCGGAUACUCUUACUGUUAAUUAUCCUCAGAGCAUCCCUCUCGAAUCUAUAAUUAAUGAUAAUAACAUAUAUAAUUCAGAAUGCAAUUUUAAAAGUGUCAAUACUACAAGUAUCCAGAUCAUAAAUUCGAUUAUGACCACUAAAUACCAGGAGGCAUCGCCAACAUGCUUCUCUAGCCCAUUGAAUUCUGUCAACAACAACAGAUCCGAUAAUACAUAUCCGCUAUUGACACCUGUUUAUGAAGCAAUAAAUUACAAGGGGAAUAUUCCAAAUCGGGUUACUCAGCUUGAGGAUAUUGUAUCUGAUAUAGCGUAUUCUAGUAAUAUAAACUUUACUAACGAUCGUUCCGCGAAUCUUGAAGAACGAGUGACUGUUUUAGAAAGAUAUGUGAAACUGUUACGUGAUAGAAGCUGCAAGUAA